CGAGCGCGAGUCGGUGUCGGUGCUCGGCGCGGCGCGGGGUUGUGGCCGUCAGUCGUCGGGUGAGCGGGGUGCGACGCAAACGCGGACUCGGACUAUGGCGGAAGGGCUGAUCCUCAUUCCCAUAAAAGGGUCGAGUUGAUUGUGGUGUGGAUACGUUUGGUCCCCCUGCGCUCGUCACAAAAUCUGCGGAACAGAAAAUAAAAAUGGAUCUUAAAAUGUAAAAAUGACUAUUGUUGUUAUUUUAUAGAAUUGUUCUUGGAACAAGAGAAAAAAUACUUAUGUAUACAUUAUAGAUUGUUGAAAUAUUAGAUGAGAAAUUCUAGAGGGUGAAUUAUAUUCCUAACUAAGAAGUGAUUAUACAGGCAAAAUGGCUUCACAAAGGUUCUGCUUGAGGUGGAAUAACCACCAAUCGAAUAUGCUGUCUGUAUUUGAUCAACUACUUCACGCUGAGACCUUUACGGACGUUACUCUAGCAGUAGAUGGCCAGCUACUAAAAGCCCACAAAAUGGUACUGUCAGCCUGCAGUCCGUACUUUCAGGCUCUCUUCGUCAACCAUCAGGAAAAACAUCCGAUCGUCAUUUUAAAAGACGUUCCUUAUUCAGACAUGAAGAGUUUAUUAGAUUUCAUGUACCGAGGGGAAGUGAGCGUCGACCAAGAGCGAUUGACGGCAUUCUUAAAAGUAGCUGAAAGCCUGAGAAUAAAAGGACUCACUGAAGUAAACGAAGAAAAAUGUGAUAUUCCAGCUCUUACAAAUUCUUUAAUUCAACAACAGCAACAAACUUCUGCUUCCGCCCACACCCCUCCUCCCCAACUUCACCGAAUACACCCCUACAUGCAACAAAAGAGACCAGCUUCAGGCAUGCCAACUGGUGGAGCACCCCCAAAUUUAUUAAUGCCUUUGCUCGGAAAUGCUCUAAUGCAGCCUAAAAGAAAAAGAGGCAGGCCGAGAAAAUUAAGCGGCAGUUCGAGUGAUGCCCUGACCACCGCUGCGAGUCCACCGGGAGAGUUCAUACCCGAGUCAGCCUCCCACGCUGCUUCCAACAGGCCUGGUGAUCAGUUAAUUAGAGGAUCGCCAGAAAUGCUUGAAGUGAAAAUGUCCAUGGACGGUUUUAGUGCUGAGGACGGCGCAACCUCGGGGGGCGAGGAGGCCGGGGAGGCGCUGCUUAUCGACGAGGGCGACGACGCGCACUCCACGGACGCACAGAUGGCAGGGAAGGACACGGAGUCUGCAGAUCCCGAAAAAGCGUCAAAAGGAGAAUUACACCAGAAUAAUAAUUCAACAAACGGACCGACCCUCUCUAUCGAAAAUGGAUCCAUAAAGCAGGAGCCCGCGGCCGACGCCACCGACGGCUAUAACGAACCUAUCGAGUACAAGUACAACCCCGACAGGAGCCGCGACAACUCUAACUCACGGGAUGAUCCCAUUAAAGACGCAGAUGACAAGAACCGACUGGGCAGAAAUUUAAAGCCAAAGAAUAGUAAAAAACUACUACCCCAAAUGUCAAAAAUUAGAGCCCGAAACUUGUUCAAUCAGCUCUCCGGUCUUUCCAACCUGAACCCCGCUCUUAACAAUUUCGACAAGUUCGCACCCGAAACCGUGCUCAUGCCGGCUCUUGCCACGCAACUGUUCGCCGCCGAGCUCGAGCAGAGCACUCUGAGCCUCACCAACAACGAGGUGGCCGACCUCGCGCAAACUAACUGGGAACAUCGUAUAUUCCCUUCUCCUAUAAGGAAAAAUAAUAUGGCCAACUUGGCCAACUAUCAUGAGGACACUAACGAAUCCGUUAGGGAUUACUGCAUCAAAGAGGGAGAAAAUGUUUUCAGAUGCAAAAUUUGUUCUCGAGUUUAUACUCACAUCAGUAACUUCUGUCGGCAUUACGUCACUUCGCACAAGAAGGACGUCAAAGUUUUUCCAUGCCCUAUUUGCUUCAAAGAGUUUACUAGAAAAGAUAAUAUGAUUGCGCAUCUAAAAAUAAUUCAUAAAAAUCAAUCAAACGCUAACGAGCAAAUGGCUAAACAGGAGUCCUAAAAGACGUGGCAAUAUUAUUUAUCAAACUCUUUAUUUCUCCGUUAUUAUUUGUUGGUAAACAAAGAUCUGAGUUGAGCACGAGCAGAGGGUGGAGUGCCUGUUCGCGAGGAUACAAGCGGAUAUUAUUAUGAUUAAAGUUGCAUUGAGUAGGUUUUGAGCUCUAGUUUCAAAUAUAUACUUACAUAAAUCUAUUUAACAGUAAGUUUGUUGAUGUAGGUCGAUGAAAGAGUUGUUAUAUUUAUUAUUAUGUUCAAAUUUAUUUCUCAGAGAACUAUCUUCUAAGAGAUUUAUGAAUGUUUCUACUUAUUUUACUUGUUAUUUCGCACUUAUGUACUUGUUACUUAAUUUUAUUACUUACAAAAUUUCAGGGUACAAAAUAAUUACUCAAGGUGAUCGUUUAUCAAAUGGUAGUCUCCUAGAUAACCGCAUAAUGAUGUGCUAACAUUAUUUGCAAUUCUCAUUGAACUGAAUUAGUGUAGGUUUCUUAGUUGUUUAUAUUGUUCGUUUAUUAAAGACGCGAAUAGAAUGGCGCGGUAGUAGUAGUAGUAGUUAGUAUUUAUUAUGCGAUGAAGCGGCUCGUCCAGAAGAGGCUACCGAGCGGACCCACCUACGCCGCGUCGCGGCGUGCCGCGGCGCGGCGCCGGCGCCGGUGUCCGCUCGCUAUUCUGUACAAACUCUAGAGCGCAGAGAACUAGUGGUUUCAAAUAUAAAUUGCAUUUUCAUUUGACUUGCCUUAUUAGUGAUUUUAGAUGUAAAUAACGAUUUGACUUCUUCGAAGUAAAACUCAACACAGGCUAUGAUUUUUUGUCUAGGACUUGUUAAGAUUAUUUUAUAAUAGUUUAUUCAAUGUUGAAAGCUUUGGUUGUAAAUGUAAAUGUUAUUCUUUACAGAUACAUAUUAGAGAAAUUAUUACCUAUGUAUGAUGUGAAUGAGAAAAUCUUGAAUAGAUUUUUAAAAUCUCAAUAACAGCGAAAUUUAGGUGGUAGACGUCACGUAGUUAAAGAUUCAGUUCCUGAAUAUUAAUUUAAGCAAAGCUAAGUAAUGGCCCCAACUGUAGCUGCGCCCGCGACGCCAUUGCGCGUGCGCCGACGGCUCGCGCAGCGCCGGUGUCGGCGCGGUACGAACUCUCAUUAAGUUUCAGUAAUAUUUCAGUUAAGGACCAACUAGGUGCCUGCGUAGGUAACUAGCACCUACCUCUAGAAGAACAAGUAAUAAUUUGUGUAUCGUUAAAUGUUUUAACUUUCAAAGACAAUAUUAUGACGAAAAGAAAUACAUAUAUGAGAAUUAUCUAGAUCACUAAUUACACCGAUUCGCAGCCGUACAGAAUUAAAUAUAAAAUACCAGAUGUUUAUAAUGUUAACCUGUAAAUAUUGUCAUUACAACUGAAGUUGUAAAAGUGAUCUAAGCAAGGUGCUUUGAAGGAAGUUAAUAAAUGACAGGAAUCAUGAGAUGAUUUGUAAAUUCUAUUUUAGUAGAAAUCAAAUGCCUUAAAUAUUUGAUAAGUAACAAUACUUAAAAUAUUUAAUUAAAUCUAGAGGCAAAAUGUAGUCUUCCAUAUAUCGAUAGCGACACUUUAUCUCGAAUCAGUCAGUAAGUUGACAAUAUGUCGCUUCCGACGAUGGUAUAUAUAUUAUUGUUCAAGAGAUGUGUAACUAUAUUAAGCCAAGAUCAGCCUUACUUAUACCAUAUGCUGAUGACAUUUGUGUGUGACACAAGACUGGAUAUUUAACGAAGUAGAGUACUAUACCAUGGUAUCGAUGCCCCCGUACAAACGUAGUUCGAGACGCGCCCGACGCUGUCAUUCCUAAUCAAACAUCCCACGACGAUUAAAUAUUCACCAUAAUUCAAUUGAAACUCGCGAAAUUAUUUAUAACUGCUUUAACUGCAUUUAAAUUCGAGCAUGGUUUCUUCAUUUUCAUUUAAAAAAAGCUUCAAUGAAAAACUACGUUUGUAUGUUUAAGCAUAAUGGUGUAUAGUGUGGUGCAUGUCGGGUAUUUCUUAUGACACAAAUUACAUGUUGACUGCAUAGCGAGCGACUUCAUAUAUUUUUAAAUAUACCUUCCUAAUUUAUUCCGCAAUGGUUGACAUCAGUGACAAAUUGCAUUUUUUACAAUCGCUUUGGCCAUAUUUUUAACCACUUGUUAAUUUUCAUAAUUUCAUUCUUAAUAUAUUUUAACUAAGUAUAGGUACGUACUUGUUUAUUGUUAUUAAUUUUGUGUGAACUUUUUGUGUGUUUAACUCUUACUACUGCUUUAUUUAAUCUGCACGCCAAGCGAAUUAUAAUGAUAUUUAUUUUAUUAAUAAUUAUUCUGUUCCAAACGAAAAUUUAACACUCUGAUUCGUUCUUGAUUUUAAUUUCGGAUAGAAAAGAAAUACGGUUCUCAGUGCUAGCCGGCUUUUCUAUUCUUUAGGAGUUCAAACGUAUUAAACUAUACAUUUUAUUAAACCGAAAACCUAUUACGUAUGCUUCCAAAUCUACUUAUUUACUUUACUUACCUUUCUGAAUGACCAUUAUGUAAAGGUUUUAUUUAUUUUUAAUCGAAUGUAUUUUUUGCUUGCCAUGUAACAUUGUCACUUAUGUCAACGGAAGUGUUUGUGUUUGUGAUGCAUAGUAAUGAAAGGCCGACAUGCACCCUGUUGAUCAGCCACUGCAUGUGAGGGUGUCGCGUGUCGUUAGCUGUCGGCCUACCACGUUCGACGUGUUGCCUCUCUGUCGCACUUGUAAAUUCGUACGUAAGUGUAACAGGGAGGCAAGACCCAGAACGUUCGCGGUAGACCCUCUGUUGUAAGGCUGCCGUGUCACACAGCGUUGGCAGUUGAAAGUAAAAUAUAAUAUCAAUUACGUUUACCCUAAAAACCGAGUUUCUAGUAACAUAAAGUAGGUCCAGGAAACGCUUGCCUAUUAGUGUGCCUUUACUUGUACAUUAAAUAAUAAGUUAAAUAUUUAUUGACUAUAUUAGACUAUUAAGAAAUUUCAAAGAAUGUUAUGUAAAAUUAUUUAUUUUAAUUAUUCAGAGUUUACAAUAUACUUUAAGAAGCUUCCAUAGGAAUUUAGAGACCAUUUAGGCCCAUGUAGAACAAAUAACAUUGUAUGUACUUAUCUAACCUUAAGAAAUAUAUCAUCUCAUGUUUCCGACUUAAUUUGAAUAUCGAAAAUGUUAAAAGAUUUUCAAAUGAGCUAAAAUACCUAAAUUAUAAAAAUCGAGGCGACAAGUCUUGGUGAAAUCAAUAUUAAGACUGUAAAAAUUCUUAAAAACGAAUUUAACUUACCUUUCAUAAGCUUUUAUACAAUUUAAACGGGGCAAACUUUGAAAGGUACUUAAUGGGGAAAUUUAUAGGUAUGUAGGGUGAGGUGAGGCAAUCAAUGAACAUUAAAAUCUCAUACUUAUGUAGUCAACCAGUGCCUAAGCUAACAAACCUUAUUCGAAAUUUAUAUUAUCUUAUUUAUCGUUCUUGUCCUAAUUCGUUAAGAUUUUUUUAAUUAUUAAUUAAUAGAUUAAUAUUUACGACGUCGAUUGGAUGUUACUUAUUACAUAUUAUAAUAUCAUCAAUUGGUGCUAAUUAUGCUUAAGAAAUGUUACAUCUGAUGUAACAUUCAAAAGAAAUUUCCGUAUAUUAUUUACGUAUAAAAUUAUUGUAUGUAAUUUUCGUUAACGUUGUUAAUUUAAUGAAUAUAUCUAUCUUAUUUCAGUUGUGGUCAGGUUGCAUUCACACUGUGCUAGAAAUGGGAUUUCAAUUUUAUCUAACGAGACUCGUUCGCAAGAACAGCUCGAUUCAGUCAUAAUAAUGUGUGUGAAUAUUUAAAUAACUACACUUGUAUUUAGUUACUCAGAACAAGUAGGUAACCUACUAGAAAACUUAGGUAAGACUAAAUCGCAGUACCUACCUACCUAGAUGACACAUAUUCGAUACAGUAAUGUUGAUUAUCACCUCCCUAAAGCAAUAAUUACUUAGAAUUAUACAUACAAUUAAAAUGAUAACCACUUACAUGAUUCAUAUGUUUAUUGAAAUUAAACACUUACAAUAGGAUUCACUUAUCGGAAACUAACAAUGACGUUACAUUAAAACACAAUAAGCUUAGAGUAGACGGCAUUCUAUAGAGUACGUAUUGAGAAACAUAUUUAUUGGAAUAUAUAUUCAAACUAGAAAAAGCUCUCUGUUCAAAAUAUACAGUAGGGUAGUGGCACCAAUAGUUGAACAACUAAGCGACUACCCCAUCUUUAGAUUUUUUUUUUAUAAUUAUGUUAAAAUGUAUUUCCAGUAACUUUAUUUUUUUAUAUGACUAUAUAAUAAACAAGUUACUGGAAAUACAUAUAAUCGAGUUGGGAUUAAACAACUCCGAACUCUCUUAUUCGGUAUUUUUAUAAAAAUAAAUAAAUGCCAGAGUAGGCCAAUUUGCCCAGAAGAUGAACAAUCUGCCCAAAUUAUAAACAAUUAGGUCAUAUAGUUGAACCAAUGUAAAUGAUAUCCUCCAAUACAAGAAUAUAACAAAUAAAUAAUAUGAAAUGAUCUUACAGUUUUUCUUACAAACUAAUGGCAAUUGCCUAAAUAAAGCAAUAUCACUAAAAAUUAAAUUAAUUAAAAACGCCAUCUUAUAGAUUACAUCCGAAAACAAUGAACCAAUAAUGAACCAAUAAAACAGUUGGUUCAAGUUUUAGACAUGAUUUGGUGUUCAUUUUGUAUGAAUAAGAGCUAAAAGUUGAACUAGUAAUUUUCUUCGUUCAUGUUUUGGGCAUAUGUAGAAGUAAAUGAACCAACAAAACAAACCUUAAAAUAACCGUGUUAGAUAUAAAAAGUUACCUUCAUCUGUUGUUUAAAAAAUCAACUAUCGGCCGGUGAUUACUUUAAGACAUAAAAGUGUUAUCUACCUUUUUUCCGGAAUAUUAAUAACGUCAUUUAAAAAUGUAUGUUUUGCCUAAAAGUUGAACACCGUUCAAUUGUUGGUUUAUACGCACUAUAUUGGAACCAUAACUAGAGCGGGAAAUUUCUCAUAUAUAUGAGAAAAAAUAAAUAUUUUUUUUUCUUCCGCGCAUAACCCCGGCAUUUUGUCAUGGCUCAUGAGAGCCUGGGGUCCGCUUGACAACUAAUAUAAUAUUAAUAUUAAUAAAAAAAGUAAAUAGUGAGUAACAAAUUCAUUACAAAAAAUAGUCUAUACCUAAUCUAUACGAAGCAACAUGUAUAUUAUUCUAUUUUAUAUGCAAUUAAAGCCUUAUGUUUUGAACCGCCUAUCUUAACAAACGGUUUUUUUGGUGCGAAGCAUGUACGCAGAAACUGCUCACGACCGCAUACGUGGAUUUACUGUCUUAGAACUGAAAUGUUAGCCUCGGUGAAGAGUUACAGUUUUAAUAAAAAAAAAACCUACUAGAUACUAAGCGUGUAAAGUACGUCAAGAUUUAAUCGGUCGGUCAUCUUUUGGUGCCACUACCCUAGUGUUGAUGUGAAUCGGUCGCUACAAAGUAGGGUUGUAAUUUAUUUCUCCGUGUGUUCAGGGGACCUAGCCAAGACGACAAUCGUUCGCGCCAUAGCGAACGAAACGCUAAUGUCUCUAUAAUUCUUCCAUAUUAGUGCGAUAGAGAGAGAGGCGUUUCGUUCGCUACGGGGCAGGCCCCCUGUAUUCGUAGAACUUAAUGCAUCGUAAUGGAUUCAGUCGUCCAUUUUACGCGCGUGCUUGUUUUUUCCCGUAAAAGUGGACGUUACACAUUUUAAUCCCUAACUACCUACAUCAAACUAUUUAAAUAUUAAUUAAGACAUCAAUACCAGUGACGGCAUCGAGAGGUACCUAUUGGGUAUCAUUAAAAUUACAUAAAUAAGUUCUAUAAUGAUGUAAUUGGAUGAAAAUAUUUAAUAACGAACUUGAUCAAAAUCCGUCCAAAUUGAUGUGUUAGAACGUCAUACUCAUAAAUCAUGUAAUAACAGAUAUUAUUCAUUGGUGAAUGAAUUAGUAAUUAUUCUUUUAUUUUUCAAAAAAAUUGCGUAAAUAAUAGGAGUUUUGGAUCCGUCGGAUCUGUAGCUUAUAAAAGUAUAUUACUUACAUAUUACAAUGAAACCUACUAAACAAUGUUUUUAAUAAUCUGACUUAUCAAAUUUUUCGACUAGGUACGUGAAAGCGAUAUCGUUUUGGCAGUAUAUUUUUUAUUUUAUGAUUGACAAGUGCUUAACCGAUAAAUAUGUUUCUCAAUUUUUAUGGGACACAGUUGAGAUAUGGCGUACGUACUUACCUACAGAAAACUUAAAUAUUAACUGUUCGUGAUAUAAAUUUACUUCACACAACUACAUACAUAUAAUGAUAAUCGUAGUUUUUAGCCAAAAAAAAUUUUAACAUUUUUUUUAUUAUUUGCACUUAGACAAUAGCCAAUGCAAAGAGUAAUGUUUAGAGACAUUUUAGAAUGAAAGUUACACGACAUAGCAUUAUUUGUUAAAGAAGGAAUAAAUAUAUAAGGUGUUAAUUACUAUUUUUAGAAUCUUUAAUGAAAGUAAUAAAGUUACAGCAAAAUGUAUGAAUCUUUUCAAUUAAUGUUAUUACUUUUUUUGUUUCAUUUGUUGUUGUUAAUUUAAUUCAACCUUUUUAUUUUAAAAUUUUCAAUGUUGGUAAUAUCGAAAUAUUGUGAUUUUUCUUUAGAGUUCUUGUCAUAUAAGGAACGAAUUGAAGUACUACAUUCACGCAUUAUUAAUGACUUGUGUGCACGUCUAUUAUAAUUGAUAAAGUUUAUGUUUAGUAAAAGACGUUUCAUGGGACGUGGCGGGUCCUUGGUACCUACCGGCUGUAGUCUAGUGUCGCGCGUACGCGGUGGCGGGUCCUUGGUACCUAUCGGCUGUAGUCUAGUGUCGCGCGUACGCGGUGGCGGGUCCUUGGUACCUACCGGCUGUAGUCUAGUGUCGCGCGUACGCGGUGGCGGGUCCUUGGUACCGGCUGUAGGAGUUCUAGAGUGUCGCGCGUACGCGGUGGCGGGUCCUUGGUACCGGCUGUAGGAGUUCUAGAGUGUCGCGCGUACGCGGUGGUGGGUCCUUGGUACCGGCUGUAGGAGUUCUAGAGUGUCGCGCGUACGCGGUGGCGGGUCCUUGGUACCGGCUGUAGGAGUUCUAGAUUGUCGCGCGUACGCCUACAGCGUGACACUGUUUCAGCAGGCUAGUUGUGAAACCUUAGUAGGCACCUACCAUUUGAGCUGUUAGUGUUAUUUUGAAAACGGUCCGAUCGUCUCGUCAUCGGUUAUUUCGCAAUUAGCCUGCCCCACGGCGUGAAUCGUGAUGUCUACUUCAACACCGACACGGACUUCUACAUGUCCUAAAUCGUUAUUGUUGUUAGCAAACAAUAAUGAUUACUAUUUAAUAUUAUGUAGUAGCAAAGUAACAACACGGGUUAUUAGUAAAACAUAGAUUAAAAGUUAAGUUAUUUAUAUUAUAAUUAGAAGUAAAUAGUGUUGUUAAAACAUUUGAGUGAAUUUCAAUACUUAGAAAGCUUUAUUAGUCAGGAAAGUUACGAAGAGAGGACUGUUCAGGUAUGUGAUCACGUUGAUACUACUCUCUGUUCGUAGCGGUGUGGCGGACCCUAGUGCUAGUGCUAGAUCACUUCAUUCUGUUCGCUUUCUAUGUUGCUCAAACUGACACUAUGUGACAAAGUAUUUUGUUUCAGUACAAAUUAUUGCUUUGUUUGUUUUUUGUUGAUCCUGUAUAAAAUAUUGCAUCUUUUCCAUGAGGCUAAUUAUUCCUGCUCAUUUUUUAUCGACGAUUAUAAUUGAAUUUUAAUUUCAUUAUCAUAUAAACAGGGCAGCUAUUUUCUAGAGUCUGUAAGCUAACACCAAUGGUACAAUUUAUAUUAUUUUUACAUCUUUGAGCCCACCUUAUGUGAUCUUAAGAACUAAGUUUACCGAAGUGUUAUUUUUAUACGACGUACAACUGUACUUGCCGAAAUAGUUCCAAAUGCAAACACUUGAGUCCUAUUAUAUCAUAGAGAAUUCUGUUCUUUUUUGUUAUAUCAUUAUUAAUUUAUUAUUUUAGAUUACGAUUAACUUAAAUAGAUUAGGCAGUUUGACUUUUUCGUAAGUUUAUUACAAUUUUAAAAUAUGUAUUUAGUGUUUUUAAUUUUGUUUUGGAUAUAAAAAUGUAUUGUUAGCCAUCAUCAUUUGUUGGACUGAUAUUUUUGUCAUAAAGUAGUACUGUUAGUUCUGUUAUACUUGACACGUUGUGACCCACUGUUUAUUUUAUUUCCAAAUUUAUUUUUCAAUUGGUUGUAAGUAGUUGUAUUUUUUUCGGUUAUUGCAUGAACAAAUUUUCGACCUGAUACUGAACUAUAAGUAUAGUCUAUUAAUUAUGUCACGUUUACUUGAAAGGUGCUAAAACAGUAACUAUAUAAGCAUAAAACUUGUUCAUGAAGUAUAUCCGCUUAUAUUCAUGGUCUUCUUUUAUUAAAAACUUAUGGUACCUAAUUAAUUUCGACAAUCAAUUUGAACAAAUAAAGGUUUAUAUAUUUUC